CUUCAAAAGGGCUGGCAGGGGUCACCCCAAGGAGGCUCAGUGUAUUAUCUUAUUUAGUCGUCGCGUGGCUUGAUCAGUUCAUCAGCACAACUCCAAUCACAUUUCCACUCAUUUUCAUGCCCGAAGAGGCCUCAUAAACGUGUUGAUCUGAUCUCCGAGAUCGGAUAGGAAGGACUACAACUCCAGAGCCAGAGCAUAAAAGUAUGAUGCAACGAAACCAAGACGAAUUUGGUGAAGUCGCCGAGGUCGGCAAUGAUACCACUCCGCAACCGGAGGGCGAGGAGCCUGCACGGAUCGAAACCAAUCCAACGCUCUUGGCGGCUUCGCGCAAGGAAGACGAUCCCCAUCACUUUCCCACGAAGCUCCAUCGGAUGUUGGUGGAAAUUGAUGACAACCCCAAGUAUGAGAGCAUGAAAGAGCUCAUCAGCUGGCAGCCUCAUGGCCGUUGCUUCAUCAUCCGCAACGAAAAGAAGUUUAUUGAGAAGGUCAUGUCUCAUUUCUUUCGAGUGAUCAAGUUUAGCAGUUUUAGGAGGCAGCUGCACUUGUUUGGCUUUCGAAAACUCUCUCGGCAGGGUCCGGACAAAGGAGCCUACUUUCAUGAACAGUUCAUCAAGGAGAAACCCGAGCUGGCGGUGCAGAUGAGGCCUGUCAAAGGGCAAGGAAAGCGGGGAAGGAAACCCCGCUCAGAAGACCUUGAUGCUGCCUUCUACGCACAAAAGAACCUUCCAACGUCUAACCUACUAAGAGGAGACAGCGAACCUACGCACCAUCAAGAGUUCAAACAAGCCGAGAUACCCUCCUUUGAGCUUCGUCCUGAUAGCGUUUCCAUGCAGCGAAUGCCUGCCAGCAGUCUCUUCCAUGGUGAAGCCUUUUCCGGUGGCUUUCAGAACCCGCGUGAGCUUCGAAGGCUCGAAUCUUUGUCGGGGCAGAUCCCAAACACAAUGGAACUGCGACAGUUGGGAUCCUUGUCGGGGCAAGCCCCACAGUAUCAGCACAAUCAUAUGCCCUUCCCAUCUGCCAUGGAUAGACCUUCGCCGCAACAAGCACCAAUGGGUGGGCUACCUUUACCAAGUACUUUCCUGCCACAGCCCAACCCCGCCGCUGAGGGAGAUGUAGACCCCUUCCAUAUGCAGCAGCAGGGAGGCUUUGCAGCGGGACUUUCGUCAGAUGCUGCUUCUAAUAGCUUUCUUCGACAGCCAAUGCAUCCGACCCAACUUGCAAUGGGAGGCCCUCCCCAGCAACUGCAAGACAAUAUGAUGAACUCCCCCUUUCAACAGCAGCAGCAAAUGGAACAGCCGUUCGAUCAAGAUCUCCUUCGGCGGCAGCAGCAGCAAUCGAUGCAAGCCAUGAUGAACCGACAGAAUGACCUGCCCUUUCAACCAGACAUGGACUUUAGUAGCAGCUCUCAGGGUCAGCAGCAAAUGUUCCUCCAGCAGCAGCAAAUGCAGUUGCAGAUGCAGCAUCAACAAAUGCAGCAGCAAUAUGGACUGCAACAGAACAUGCAUCAACAAGAGAGCAUUCACCAAUCGAUGCUUCAGCAGAAUCAGCUGUUACAGCAGCAGAAUCAACGUAUGCUAGAACAACUGCAACAACAGCAGUUUGGGAUGAGCAACAACAACAGCAACGAGAUGUUCGGAAACGACCAUCUCGACCAUCAGGGGAACUCCAACUUUCAUGAUUCCAACAACAUGUAAUCAAUCAAUUUCUGCUCCUCCACAAUCAAUCAUAACUACCGGUACGAUACAGCAAAACCAGGAUAGCAUAACCUUCGUAAUUCCAUUUGAAAUAUUCAAU